AUGGCGGAAUGUAUGAUGACUCGCUCGCGGUCGCGAUCAAGCCAAUCCAGCCAAUCUGACCGAUCUGAAAAUGACCAGGGGGGCCUGAGCUCACAGACCCCCCCAGGGGCGUUCAAGAGUUCCAAUAUUGGACCCCCCGAAACGCCCAAUUGGCAAGCCGGGCUGAUUACAGCCCCUACCACGGUGAGGCCGGUCCGCCUACGUCGUGUUGAAUAUGCCGAUCCGACUCCUUCAGAAGAUGGGGUGGAGACGCCUGCGGUGACCCCUAACCUGCCGCCGGCAACUGACUCCGAAGAAUUGCAACUGAGGAGAUUGGAUCUCGAACGUCAAAAGAUUGAUUUAGAACUUCAAAAAGAGAGGCGCAAAGAAUUGCAGCUUCAACUUCAAUUGGAGGGGCUCCGCGCUCAGAAUGACAGGGCCGCAAUCCCCGCAAAUCCGCCGUCGGGUCAACCGUCGGCAUGGGAUCCGAACUUGAGGUCCCGAAUGCAAUAUAACCUCUACGACCCGGAUAGCCGCGUCGGCAAGGCGAUCAGCCAGUUCAAACAGGACACUAAGUAUGCCACCAAGCCGAACGCUCUGGUCGGAUCUUCGAAUUACCUCUCCUGGCAUGCGAAUAUGAAGGCCAAGCUAAUUGACGCUAAAUGCUGGGUUAUAUUGGAGGACAAGCAAGUCAAAAGCCCUGAUGGGGACCCCGAAUGGUCUCCUUUUUGGGAGGCCAAAAAUCGCUGGCUUUACGCGUUCAUUUCGAACGCGUUGGCAGCCAGCAUUAGGCCCCAUUUUAAUAAGUAUGAUGAGGGCAGGAUCGCUUAUUCCCUUUGGCGUGCGGUUGAGGAAGAGUUCUCCAUCCCGAGAACACAGCUCUGCAGGGAAGCAGUCCUGGCGUUUACAUCAAUGGGUGGUGUCCAAGUCACUGACGUACACACGUUUUUCGAUAAGUUCAAUGACGUUAUUAUGAAAUUGGAAAUACUCGAUAUUUUACUGCCAAAUGACGUGGUAUUCCACGUGUUCUAUUCUGCACUUCCCAAUAUAUGGCGAAACUACGUGCAAAAGAAAAUCGAGGAGGUACAAGAGUCCAAAUCGAAGUCUGUCGUGUUGGACGUUCAUUCGAUCAUGGAGGAAAUUCGCUCUCGAUUGAACCCCCCCAAAGAGGCAAAGAAGGCCGCCCAGGCGGCUAAUUCUUCGGCCAACGUGGCUCAGGCUGAAAAUGCGGCUGCGGGUUCCAAUAACAGCAGCAACGUCCAAAAUAAUUCAGCCCGUGGGGGCCGACCCGGGGGACGCGGAGGCUAUCGAAUGGGCGGACGUUCAAAUUUCGACCUCCCAAUCUGCCCGGAAUGCGAGCAUCGUCAUGGCGGGCUCUGCUGGGCAGCCAAUCCAGAUAGUGCCCCUGAAGAAUGGAGGACCGCCAACGCGGCGAGAAUAGGAAAAUAUAAUAAUAAGAAGAGUAGUGAGGGCAAAAAGACCUCAUCAACUGCAAAUGGCAGCUCUGAGAUGUUUCAAAUGAUGAAUCUAGUGCAGGUCAUUGGGGUGUCUGUGUACUCUGCUGAAUCAAUCAUCAACCCACUCACCAUAUGGGAUAGCAGAGCUGGAUGUCAUAUUGUUAGUGGCCCUAUGAUUCAAGUGGCCAAUAAGGCUACUUUGAAGGUUCAAGGGAUCAGAGUCACCUCCAUCCCAGUCAGGGAAAGAUUAAUUGAAUUUGACCAUGUCUAUUUGAUGCCAGGCUUAUCUGCCAACCUCAUAUCCACUGGCCUAUUGAAGUGCCAGGGCUAUAUUCACCAUGAUCUGCAGAUGGACAUCAGAAAUUACUUUGAGAUAAUAGCAUCUACAGAAAAUGACAUCUUCUACAUGAAUUUAAAUUCCAAUAAUAUAUAUGUUCUAUCCGACACCCCCCCUAUGUUCGGGGAUAUUAUGAAUGAUCUGGAGCUUGGACCACUGGCAUACUUGGCGGUCCCGAAGCCCAGGGCGAUUUCAACGGAUUAUGAUCCGAACGCUGCAUCACUGGGUCUUUUCAACCGCGAUGACGUGGAGCAGCUAAUUAACCCGAAGGAUCCGGAUACUGAUACCUUCAUUUUGUCCCCACCAACCUGA